AUGAUAGCAGUGUUUCUCAGUCCUAAAUUUGACCCCAAAACACUUGAGGCUUUAGUCCUACGUGAUGACCUGAUCCGAAGGAACAGGGGCAGACGUGCCAUCACUGCCAUAGGGGGGAAGACGUGUCCCCCUGGCUCGUACAAGAUGUCUUCCAGACAGCAGGAGUGUUUUGCGUGCCCGGCCAACAGUGUGGCGGAGGAGGAAGGCUCGGUGGUGUGUGUGUGUGAGGAGGACCACUUCAGGACCCCUCUGGACAACCCCUCGGCCCCCUGCACCCGCCCCCCCUCUCCUCCCAAAGACUUGGUCUACACCCUCAAGCAGUCCACCCUGAUCCUGGAGUGGGGUGCGCCAAUGGACACGGGCGGCAGGGGGGACCUGACCUACAGCGUGGGCUGCCGCCGGUGCGUGGGGCUGCAGUGUGAGCCGUGCGGGGCCAGCGUGGGCUUCAUGCCCCAGCAGAGCGGGGUGACCGAGCGCACGGUGACCGUGGUUAACCUCAUGGCCAACUCUAACUACACGUUGACGGUCGAGGCCCUCAACGGAGUGUCGGAGCUCCUGCCCAACAAGAGGUCCUACACACAGGUCAACGUGUCAACUAGCGUGCCAGCGCCCUCUCUGGUGAGUGAGUUUCGUGCGGAGAAGAUUGAGCAGCGCAGCCUCACCCUGGUGUGGAGGGAACCUAGCUACCCCAACAGCAGCCGCACGGAGUACGAGAUCAAGUACUACGAAAAGGAACAGAAGGACAAGAGCUACUCAACGGUCAAGACGGCCGCCACCCGCAUCAGCGUCAACAACCUCAAGGCCGGCACCACCUACGUCUUCCUCAUCCGCCCCUUCUCCACCCCGGCCCCCUCCUCCUCCCUCCUCUCCGCCUCUUCCUCCUCCUCUUCCUCCCCCCCCUCUCCCAUCGACUACGGAGGCUACAGCGCUCCCCUGGAGCUGCAGACGCUUGGUGAAUUGGCGCUGGCAUCCAGUGAGCAGAACCCAGUAAUCAUCAUCGUGGUGGUGUCUGUGGCCGCCCUCAUCAUGCUGCUCUCUAUGGGAGUGGGCCUGCUCCUCUGGAGAAGACAAUGUGGAUACAGCAAGGCCAGUCAAGAGGGAGACGAAGAGCUCUACUUCCAAUUUAAGAUCCCGACCCGGAGGACCUACAUAGACCCAGAGACGUGUGAGGAUCUGGUGCAGGCUGUCCUCACCUUUGCCAAAGAGCUCGACAACUCCAGCAUCAAGAUAGAGAGAAUUGUCCACACAGGUGACUUUGGGGAGGUGUGUCGUGGCUGUCUCAAGCUGCCCAGUAAGCGGGAGCUUCCGGUGGCCAUCAAGACGCUGAGGGCAGGCUGCUCAGAGAAACAGAGGCGUUCCUUCCUCAGCGAGGCCGGAAUACUGGGACAGUUUGACCACUCCAACAUCGUCCGUCUGGAGGGGGUCAUCACCAGCGGUAACACCAUGAUGAUUGUGUUGGAGAGCAUGUCCAAUGGGUCCCUGGACUCCUUCCUCAGGAAGCACGAGGGACAGCUCUCCGUGCUCCAGUUGAUGGACAUGCUGGGGGGCGUGGCCUCUGGGAUGAAGUACCUGACAGAGAUGGGCUUCGUCCACCGCCGCCUGGCCGCCCACAAGGUACUGGUCAACGCCAGCCUGGGCUGCAAGAUGUCCGGCUUCAGACCCCUCCAAGAGGACAAGAUGGAGGCCAUCUACAGCACAAUGCAUGCGGGGAAGAGUGUGGUGUUGUGGACCGCCCCAGAGGCCAUCCAGUACCACCGUUACAGCUCAGCGUCUGACGUCUGGAGCUUUGGCAUCGUCAUGUGGGAGGUCAUGUCCUACGGAGAGAGACCCUACUGGGAUAUGGGCAACCAGGACGUGAUCAAAGCGAUAGAGGAUGGCUUCCGCCUGCCCGCCCCUAUGAACUGUCCACCCCACCUCCACCAGCUGAUGUUGGACUGUUGGCAGAAGGAGAGGACCGAGAGACCCACCUUCAGCCAGAUCCACUCGGCUCUCAGCAAGAGCAUCCGCAGCCCCAACGGCAUCGGCUCCUCCACACUGGCACGCAGAACCCUCCCUCAGCUAGGAACCCUCCCUCUGGGCUCCUCCAUCUCCCUGGCAGAGCGGACUCUUCCGUCGUUCCCCUCGUUUAACUCGGUAGGCGAGUGGUUGGAUGCGGUGGACAUGGGGCGCUACAAGGACAACUUCACCGCGGCAGGAUACUGCUACCUGGAGUCUGUGGCCCGUAUGACAGUCCAAGAUGUAUUGAGUCUAGGCAUCACCUCUCUGGAGCACCAGAAACAGAUCCUGUCUGCCAUCCAGACCCUUAGAGCCCAGGUCAUCCAGAUGCACGGCAGAGGGGUGCAGGUCUGACACACACAUACACACACGUGCAAAUGGACGGACGGACGGAUAGAAGGAUUUUCACAGAGGAGAGAACUCGUCUCUCAUCCAGAUGGACAACAUGAAGUGGAUAGAGAGAUCGGAAGAGAUAUCGCCACACUCCAACCACUCACUCUUCCUCCUCCUCCCUCUAAGUCCUUGGGAGCGAGGCAUCUUCAAGUCAUGUGAUCAACGUACUUUGUCGAAAGUCAUAUGACUUUUGUCUGCACGCUGACCCAAAUUGACUGGAUGUCCGCUCUGACAACAGGCCCUGGAUCAGUAGUUACAGAGACUUAAAACUACCCGGAUAGAGAAGUACUGUCCACCUAAAAUGUCUUGCACUGCUCUCAAAAUAUGGGGUAAUUACAUUUCCUGGAUGGAGAAGAACUGUCCCCUCAAGCAGAGUGAUACUCUACUAUACCACUUGUCUCAGAACUGAGGUUAAAACCACCCUGGUUGAGAAGUACUGUCCAUUACAGGGCUGUCCCUCUACCACUGGUCUCAGAACAGUGGGAUAAGGCACUAAUGGUGAAAGUUCUGUCUGUCAAACAGGGCUAAAAUUAUAAAACUGGUCUCAGUUCAAUGGUUAAAACAUUACUGUUCCGGCCGCUGAAGUGCGAUCGAGUGACUGGUUCCCACAGUGUGGGCGGAGCCCAGGCCGUGUCAAGUCGUACAUAGCCGACCAAUCACGAGGCUGGAAAAAGACUUACCUUCAGAAGGAAACUACUGAUUAAAAAACAAAAACUAGAAAACUGUAAAUCGAAACCGUGUGUUUGAUUGUUAAUUUCUAUUUAGUCUGUUACACAAUUUGUCUUUUUGAAAGUUUUUCCGUUAACCGUCUCUGCUCUCCCGGUGUUUUCUCAGUGUGUGGAAUGGCUAAUGUCCCUUAGCCGGGAUGUCAGUGGUAUCAUGUAGCGUCUCGCUAAUAUAUUUCUCCUGUCUAAAAAGCAUUUUCACUACAUGGGUAUAUUGCACUGUUGAGAAUAAAGGUCAAGUCUCAAGCUGACGUAUCUGAAAUGUAUUCAUAUUUAUAUGCGUUUCCAGUUUACAGACUCUCACACAACCUGACGGGAAGAGGUUACGAGGGUCAUACUUGAUUUUAUUUUUAUUUUAAUUACUAAAUAAUUUGUGUCAUUUUGUGUUUAAGGAUGCUGCAAAGCACAUGUCCUUUGGUGUCAAGCAUAUCCCUUCCUCGCCGUUCUGUUUCUUUUGAUUACAGUGUGUAUCAUAACGUUUUCUUUAUUUUUUCUAGUUAGAGGGAUUCUGUUACUGAAUAAGGGUGUUCUGAACCAGAAGAUAUUAUGAAGAGGACUUACACUAUAGUAUGUUGACUUUUUUCUUCUUCUAGACAGGGGUGUAGAAUCAUUUUGAUACAGUCAACAAAUCUACAGUAGUUGAUAUAGGACUUAUACAUUUUGAGUCCAGUGUCGCUGGAUGUAUGGUAUCGAUGUGUUGCAUUAUAUAUGCAGUAUUGCAGUAUUUCAGAAUGUCGUAGAGUGAUCAUGUAUGUUUUUUUCCGGGCCAGCAAUUCAAGCCGUCAUGCAUAGGGCCCUGUGUUUUGGUUAAUCAUGUCACAUGACCUGGAUUUGAACCUUUUUGUUUAAAGCUUUUUCAUCAAACUGUUCCCCCUUUCUUUUUAUGUCAGAUGGUCCAAGCGCCAUCCUCAGACAAUUGCUUACAUUUUUGGUCUAAUUAUCAUUUCUGGAAAAUGCUUAAAAUCAAGGUUAAGUGGUUAACCAAAACACAGGGCCUUAGCUAUACAUCAUGGUUGUACGCUUAACAUGUUCUAAAUGUUCCUACAAAUCCCACAACCCCCCCACUGUGCAGUCACAAGCCACUCGCAUUUGUCAGUAUUAUGUAUUUUUCAAAACAAGUAACAUUUAAUCGUAUUAUGAGGCAUUUUUUUUAUUUAUAUCAUACUCUUGUAGCUCGCUGCAGUGCAUUCGGAAAGUAUUCAGACCCCUUCACUUCUUCCAAACUUUUACGUUACAGCCUUAUUUUAAAAUACUCCCCCCCCCUUUUUCCCCCCUCUACACACAAUACCGAAAAAUAACAAAGCGAAAGCAGUUUUUAUGUGUGCAAAUUUAUAAAAAAUGAAAAAGAUACCAUAUUUACGUAAGUAUACAGAUCCUUUGCUAUCAGACUUGAAAUUGAACUCAGGUACACCCUGUUUCCAUUGAUCAUUCUUGAUGGUCCUACAACUUGAUUGGAGUCCACCUGUGGUAAAUUCAAUUGAUUGGACAUGAUUUGGAAAGGCACACACACCUGCCUAUAUAAAGGUCCCACAGUUGACGGUGCAUGUCAGCAAAAACCGAGCCAUGUGUUCGAAAGGAUUGUCCGUAGUGCUCCGAGAGAGGAUUGUGUUGAGGCACAGAUCUGGGGAAGGAUACCAAAACAUUUCUGCAGGAUUGAAGGUCCCCAAGAACACAGUGGCCUCCAUCAUUCUUAAAUGGAAAAAGUUUUGAACCACCAAGAUUCUU